AUGAAUAAACAACUUGCUGAAUUUCAAGAGCAUUUACUCAAAUCGAAAAAGAUUGUAGCUCUUGUCGGGGCUGGGCUUUCUGCAUCCUCUGGUCUCCCUGUGUUUAGAGGGUCUCAAGGAAUGUGGAAAAACUACAACUCAAUUGACUUGGCAACCCCCGAUGCAUUUUACAUAGAUCCCGGUUUAGUAUGGCAGUUCUAUUCGUGGAGGAGGUAUAGCGCUUUACAAGCAAAGCCAAAUAAAGGGCAUGAAGCGUUGGCCAAGUUGUCCCAUAUACCGGAAUUGAAAUACUUGACUAUACUGCAAAAUGUUGAUGGGUUAUUAAAUCGAAAACGAAAUGAUGAGCUCGAUGAUACAUAUAUUCACGAUCCAAGGAAAUUAUAUGAGAUUCAUGGGAGUUUAUUUACCUUGAAGUGUACCAGCUUUAUGUGUAACCAUGUCGAAAGAAACAAUUUUCACCAGCCUUUGACUCCGGUAUUAGAAGACACAGAGUUUGAGUAUUUAAACAAAGGGAAGAAGAGGAGUCGAGAGGAUGAGGGCAGUGUGCAGGAGCAAAAUAUAGAUCCGAUUGAUAUCAUUAGCAGGCAGGACACUUUUGCGUCGACCUCGUCGUCGCCUCAAUUCCAACCAGUGAAAACAAUCGACGAAAAGAACUUACCGCGAUGUCCAAUUUGUGAAGGACUCAUGCGUCCUGGAGUUGUAUGGUUUGGCGAGUCGCUACCGUUAGACUUGAUCACAGGAAUAGACAAUUUCAUUGAGCACGGCGAAGCCCCUGAUUUGAUAUUGGUGAUUGGCACAAGUGGGACAGUAUACCCUGCUAACAGUUAUGUUGAAAGAGUUAAAUUGAAAGGAGGGAAAGUGGCCAUAUUCAAUAUAGACAUUGAUGACGAUGUGGUGGAAGGCAAAGUUGAUAGAGUAUGGGGGUUCAAAGGCGACGCGGCAGAGUUGCUACCGCUAGCUUUGGAACCAUUGAUUGGCAAAAUUUGA